CAAACAUCGACGCAUUGACCAGCAUGAAAUGAAGCUUCGACUUUGACUAAUUUCAGCGCUGAAGACGAACCUGACAACCACUUUAAAGUCUUGCAGAUCCCUUCUCGCAGCGUCGCACAACGACGAUGUCUCACAGCUUCAACACCAUCACCCAGCGCCACUCAACGUACCCCGCCAUCGAUCCUCUGCUGCCGCAACACAGCACCAAGGGCAAGACUGUUCUGAUCACUGCGGGUGCGACCGGCGUUGGCAAGUCGGUCGCAAGGGCCUUUGCCAUUUCUGGCGCGAGACGCAUCUUCGUUGCGCUGCGCAACCGCGAAGCCCAUCGAGAAGCUUGCAAGCAGCUCCAGGAUGAAUUCCCAGGCGUCGUCUUUGAGGUUGUGCAGGUCUCCUUGGACUCUCUCUCGAGCAUUGAGACGCUGUGGCAGACGUUGAAAGACACAAUUGACAUCGUCGUGCUGUCUGCGGCACAUAGCCCGCAUCGAGGGCCUUCUACGACGAUCGACGCCCACGAUGCGACUGCCGCAAUGACGACAAAUAUUGUCGGCAACUGGGAAAUGGCCCGGCACUACCUUGCGAGCUGCCAACGAAACGGAGUCCGUGGCAGUAUAGUCGAGGUAUCCAGCGGUGCCGCCCACUCGACCAAUGGUCGCAACAGCGUAUACGGCGCUUCGAAGAUCGGCUCCUCGUUCCUUCUUGCCGCGCUGGCUUCGGAGAAUCGUGCUCACUUGCGUCUCUUCAGCUUGCAUCCUGGGAUGGUGUGGUCGACAAUGGGAGAAAAGGCGGGGUAUCGGCGCACCGAUCUUCCCGUCGACGACGAUGACCUCGUUGGCUCCUUUGUGGUCUGGCUGGUUUCUGGAGAGAAAACGUGGCUCGAGGGACGUUUCGUGUGGGCCACCUGGGAUGUCGACGAGCUUACCAAUCGCAAGGACGAGCUCUUGGCCGACGAAACACUGCUGACCUUGGGCCUCAUAGGCUGGGCAGGGCCAUCCAAGUAGUCCUGUCCUGAUCGUCGUCAUAAAUCUAUGGACAGUGGCAGCUCGUCGCGCAAUUGCAACCCCAAAGACACCAUUGGAUCGCAAUUCGUAUUUUUGCAGCAUACAAGAAAGACUGAUAAGAGGAUUGAGCUCAAUUUUGAUGUGCAGUAGACUGGAGACUUCGAAACGAAAUGCCAUGGCAUGAUGAGAGAUAU